AUGGGUGCCUGUCAGUGUGGUGUCCCGAGGCGACUGCAGGGUCGAAAGCGGUCCUCUGAUGUGCAGGAAUUUCAUGGCGCUCGAAGUCCUUCACCCACCGAACUAGGGAAUAGGGACAGAGGCAGACCGCAGGCUGAGGGGGAACAGGCUCCACCAACUAAGAACCAAGAUGUGGAGGACCCACACGGUGACAACGCUAUAGGUGCUAAUGCAGCAGUCAAGACAAAUUCGUCGACAUCACAUCUUCAAGUAUCCUCAGCCGGUGAGUCUAGGCAGCAGAUACUAGAUACCGACAGGGACAGCCCUAAAGGUGACAUUCUCUUCGAUGCAGAUACGGAACUUUUUAAUUGUUGGAGUCGGGGAAAUAAUUCUGUAGAAGAUGGAGACGGACCUGAGAUGGAGGACGGAGGUGGAGUCGGUCGAUUUUCCGGGGUGGAUCAAGGGGAACCUCCUGAGCAAGAAGAAAAACAAGAGCCACUGGCCGGGGUAGAUGGAUCUCUUCGGGCGGCAUCUCCUGUUUUCAGCGCAAAGUCACGACGUACAGACGGCAAAUUACUUCAGAAAAUUUUCGCUGAGUUACAAAGGCAAAACGAGGGGGUUGAGGACGAGACAGAUUAUUUAGAUCUGUUGAUUACCCUCGUGACCGAUACAGUCGAUAUAUUACGCCCCAUUGUGGUAGUAACUGACAAGGAACGGCGCCGGAAGCAAGCACGAAGUGGCGGGAAAAACGAUGAAGAAGAUGGAAUGCAGGUCGUUUCCAAUAUUGGAGAUGUUGGCAAAGAGAAAGAUAAAAAACUUGCUGUAGCUGAAGGUGAAUCAGGACAACCACGGGCACGGAGAGGUGAAGAAAGAACUGAAAAUCAGAAUGACAAGCAAUCUAGCGUUUUGUCGGCCAAAGAGAUUACGAUAAGGAGACAGCGGGUUCGAGACGAAUGCGCGCGCCUCUAUCGCGUAGGCUGUGCACUGAUUCGGAUGCAGUUCGAAGUGAUCGCGUAUUUGACGCGUACUCUGCGCGUGAGUGAGGCCAAGCACAAGCUGAUCGAGAUGGAGAAUUUCCUAGCCAACGAGAGCAGCGAGAUCGGCUUAGAGCCCCUUCCAUUGCCGCUCAAGAACACAGCGAGUGUGGCUGUCAUCGAGGCGGUUCAAGAAGGAGUGCAGAAUUUUUACAAAAAUGCACGAAACAAUAGACCUUCACGUCAACCUGGCAGGCCUCGUGAAGCAUCUUCUACCGAAAACGAAAAUGUCGAGUUUUCUCUGGUCGUUUGCGAUCUCGACGAUGCCGCGAAUGAGCCGAGCUUCGGAGGUUCUCUGUCUUCUACCCGUGGUGCAGCGGCAGCUAGCGAACAAAAUGUUUUCAAUCCAGACGAUUUUCUCAUUCCUGCACCUGCCGCGAACGCAUUGGGUCAGCAUGCAAUAUCAGAGAGAUCGCAGGCAACGCCUCCGCCUAUCCCUACCGGAAAGAGUGCGACCAGUCUGCGGAGCAACACUAACGCCUCCUCUCGUGGCGAGUCCGAUCAGGACUCCAUGGUGCCAGGACAGCAGGGCAUGCUGACACGCAGACGCCGACAAAUUUCGCGCAGCCAGAACAUCGCGAAAAGUCAUGUUAUCGUGGAAGACGUCCUGUCAUCACCAGGAGCGAUGACACCAUUGCAUUCAGGAGGGACACCUUCACGAGAAGUAACAACAGGCGGGUUCAGCGACGUACCGUCGACAGAAGUGAGCGAGCUACAGGGAGGAGGACCGCUGUUGCAGGAAGUGAUGCGCGGUGCGAACGUGGAGCUACUGAAUCAAAUACAACUCGAAGAAGAAGUAGAAGACGGAGAGCCGGAUUUCCUAGUUGGCGGAGGCUUCCUCGGAGGGCGACGCCGCGGUGGGGCAAGAAUAAAUGCGAAUCGACCGGUCAGCACGCCUCCUUCAGGAGGUAGCGGAAACGGUACCCAGGAACAAGAAGCUCCAGGUGCUGUUCCUUAUUGGACGUCCUCCGCAUCUGCCGUUCCCACCCGAGCUCAGAAAUACGCUAUUCUCGGCGCUGUGUUGUCAAACUCAGCUUUGGCGCGCGAAUACGUGGAGGACCGCCGAACGCAAAUCGUGUCCCAACUUUCGAAGUACUUUCGGCAUCUCCAGGGCACGUCUGCGGUGCGGCAGAUGUGCGAUUCGAUGGCCUACACGCUGAGUUGCGUGGAGUCCGCACUUACGCAGCUCUACGCGGAGAAGCGCGCAACGGACUUUGUUCCCUUCUCGUAUUCGAUGCUGGAUCCGGUGUACCGCGUUCCGAUGACGUUUGACGUCCGCAUCAACUACGCCAGGGACAAAGUGACCGCCUACUUCGACGUGAGUCCUGUGCCGCUUCCCAUUUCCCAAGUGGCUUCCAUCGUGCAUGAAAUCGACCUGAUGCAACCGCUCUGGCCCUUCAUGGAAAGCGCUACGACGGUGAAGGAGUGGACCUUGUCGGACCGCCUGUACAAGACUCGCUUUUCGCUGCCUCUGCCCGCCAUGUUGAAAAAUUGCUCCGAACAAUACCACCACCGUUGUAUGGGCGAUUUUCUGCACCUCGACGCGAUGAACUCGGUGCUGGAGAUUAAACGCAUGCACUACAAACUGUCCACGAUGAAGAAUGGUACUGCUACUGCUUGGAGUACUCCGACUACUAGGUGUUGGAGAUGAACUACGGGGGAAGUCAUUUCUUAUUCAUUGAUGAUUAUCACUACAAUCAAUCUCUUCGUUCAGGACUGGCGACUAUUUUUCUCACAGUAUGAUAUAAGGGUGUUCCUCAGCCAAAAUCUCGAUAUCCACCAAGUAUACUUACAAGCUAAAAAGUUUCUUUAAAAACAAUUUCACCAGGUGAGAAAAUUCCGGACGAGCAACAUUUUGAGCCUGGCCUAGUACUUUUCGAGUACUCUCCGCGGCCCCACCCACAGGUUGCAAAAGAAGUUUACGAGAACAACGCGAGUUUCCAGUGGCGCGGAGACACGGAAAUUCCAGGUUUGUCGGAGACAGAGCGACGCAGGAUAGUCCGAAAUUACAUUGACAGGCUGCUGAUGAUAGGCACGCCGAUGAAAGUCGUGAACCCGAAGUAUGACCCUGCUGACGGAACUCAGGGACCUCUUCUGCUGGACGCCAUGCACGCUCGUGGGAUGGUCGAGAUUGACUGGACCAGCUGGCUGCGAAGGUUAACUCCCAACACGCUCGUGCGCUACAUUGCUCGAACCGCAUGCACCACUUUCGUGAAUCGGAUCAUGAAGUUGCACCGCAACUUUGUGAAAUCCGAGAACCAGCAACGCAUUCUGGCCGACCCUGAGCGAUCAUACCUUUUCGAAAAGCUGGAGGAGAGGUGCGAAGAGUACUGCCGGAAAGAGUACAAGAGACUCAUUCACUGGGCUCACGAACAAGAAAGGAAACGUGCGCGCUCGCGAUCCCGGUCUCAUUGAGGCUGACAAGGACCCUUUAUAAUAUUGUCAUAUACAUAGUCAUAGUAGUCCUACUUCCUUCUCGACCUAGUCGUAGUCCUAGACGAUCCUCAACAUUUGUAUUUCUUUUCAAAAGCUACGACGUGCUUGGCUUGUCGUAGCUCGCCUAUGCAAUGUCCCCGUACCUUGCCCAAUCCUGGUUUAACGGACACAUGGCAUCCACUCGGCGCUACUUUCGUCUUGUUCUGCAU